UGCAAUGGUACGCAUGCGCAGUUUGUGUUGUGGAAAGCGCCAUGUUCCCGUUUCAGCAUGUUUCCGAAUCAUCCCUGCUGUCCGUCACUGCAUAUGAUCUGACAUUAACUGUAAGGGAGCAGUCAUGAGCCCCAGUCCCAGCCCGGGCUCUCCUGUCCCCCUGACCCUCACCGGCAGCCUGCAGAGACUCUUCAGUCAUGUGAAGAUCGAGAAUUUAAUAGCAGGUCUCAGUGGAGGUGUGGUGUCCACACUAGUGCUGCAUCCUCUGGAUCUGGUCAAAAUUAGGUUUGCAGUGAGUGAUGGGCUGGACGUGAGACCGAAAUACAGUGGAAUUCUGCACUGCAUGAAAAGCGUCUGGCAGCAGGAGGGUCUCCGGGGCCUUUAUCAAGGUGUCACUCCAAAUAUCUGGGGAGCUGGAGCGUCAUGGGGGCUUUACUUUUUCUUCUACAAUGCAAUCAAAGCGUACAACAAGGAGGGCAGACAAACAGAGCUGAGUGCCGUUGAGCAUCUGCUGUCAGCAGCAGGAGCAGGGGUGGUGACGCUUUGCCUAACCAAUCCGAUCUGGGUCACCAAAACUCGCCUGGUUCUGCAGUAUAGCGCCGAUCCAUCUAAGAAGCAGUAUAAGGGGAUGAUGGAUGCUCUUGUGAAAAUCUUCCGCCAUGAAGGGAUUGCAGGACUCUAUCGGGGGUUUGUCCCGGGAUUGUUUGGAACCUCCCAUGGUGCACUGCAGUUCAUGGCGUAUGAAGAGUUGAAGAGAGAUUAUAACAAAUACAGAAAGAUGCAAUCAGAUGCUAAACUGAAUGCAUUAGAAUACAUUACCAUGGCAGCUUUGUCCAAAAUAUUCGCAGUGGCUAUGACAUACCCGUAUCAGGUGGUCCGAGCCCGUCUGCAAGAUCAGCACAACACGUAUGAUGGAGUGGUAGAUGUUGUCCGGAGAACGUUUAGAAACGAGGGUCUGUUGGGUUUCUACAAAGGCAUGGUGCCCAACCUGAUCCGAGUCACUCCGGCCUGCUGCAUAACCUUUGUGGUCUAUGAGAAUGUUUCCCGCUUCCUCCUGGACCAGCACAAGUGAACUGAGAACAGGAAUAACUG